AGAGCUCUCUACAGGGACGUCAUGCAGGAGAACUAUGAGAAUGUGACCUCACUGGGGUUUCCUGUUUCCAAACCUGAUGUGGUCUCCCAGCUGGAAGAAGGGGAAGAGUUGUGGGUCCUAGAUCUCCAGAGUUCAGAUGAAAAAGAGAUCCUAAGAGAUCCCUGCACAGAUGAGGAAACAUUAAACCAACCCAGAAUCUCAGGUUAUGGGAUGGUGGACAAGAACAAAGUGCAGAUUCCUCAGCAGGAAGAUGCUGAGCAAGUGGAAGCAUGUGGGGCAUUAUCACAAAGUUCCAAAGGGAAUGUUUCCAGUAGUCAUGAAUGGGAGAAAGCUUGUGAAAGUCACCACAGGCCAGAGAGAUAUCAGGGAAACCAGACACAGGAAAAAGUGGAUGAACCCAUUAGUUUUCAAGGAACUCACAGGGAACUCAAAGAAACCACAUUCCAGGCAAAAAUCUUCAGGGGAGAGAGAGAGAAUACAUGCAGCGAGUGUGGGAAUAACUUCAAAUACCACUCAGCUCUCAUUCGACAUAAGAUCAUGCACACAAAAGACAGACCCUAUGAAUGCUUCACUCAGAGCACAGUCCUUAUUACGCAUCAGAAAAUACACAGAGGAGAGAAUCCCUAUCAAUGCUAUGAGUGUGGGAAAAGCUUCACUAACAGCUCAACGCUUAUUACUCAUCAGAGAAUACACACAGGUGAGAAACCCUAUCAAUGCUGUAAAUGUGGGAAAAGCUUCACUAACAGCUCAACGCUUAUUACUCAUCAGAGAAUACACACAGGUGAGAAACCCUAUCAAUGCUGUGAAUGUGGGAAAAGAUUCACUCGUAGCUCACACCUUGCUAUACAUCAGAAAAUCCACAUGAAAGAGAGACCCUAUGAAUGCAGUGACUGUGGGAAAAGGUUCACUCACUGCUCAGAACUUACUAUGCAUCAGACAAUCCACACAGGUGAGAAACCCUAUCAAUGCUGUGAAUGUGGGAAAAGAUUCACUCGUAGCUCACACCUUGCUAUACAUCAGAAAAUCCACAUGAAAGAGAGACCCUAUGAAUGCAGUGACUGUGGGAAAAGGUUC